GUAGUCUUUGGCUUUGCCGUUAACUUAUCCGAUAAUCCAAUUCCAUGAUAAUUUCGGAGGUUGUUUGCUGCAAAUUCAAUCCCAUUUCAAAUUUUCUUCAACUCAAUAAAGCUUCGCAACUUAACCCAUCAAAAUAAAAGUUUUGGGAUUGCUAUUUUUGGUACAUUCAAUCUGAUGUGGAAAAAAAUGGCACUCUCUGAUGGUAAAGUUGCAUACAAGAAGAACACUCAAUUCAUCUACGAUGAUGGUCAUCAUAAUCAUAGCUAUUCAGAGUCUACAUGGGCUGAGCCUAAGCCUUCAAACCAAAAAAAAGAGUUUUUGCAUCAGUUCCCUUCCGGUGCUGAAGAUUUGUUUGAUGGAGGUUUUGGAUUGAGUGAUGAUUCUAUCAUACACUCAUUUAGUAAUAUGCCACCAGAGGUGAAAUUGAAGAAUGUGCUUGCUGGGGCCUUUGCCAUUUUGACUGGCAGAAACAAAACUCCAAGAAUUACUGCUGAUCAGCAGUGCCCUAAUUUAAAAUUGUCUUUUCUUGGCUCUGGAAACAAUGGAGAUAUUGUCAUUGACUCAUCGGUGUAUGCGCCGAGUGCGCCGCCCCUUUUUGAGCUUAAUGGGAUUGAUUAUAGUGCCUACAAAGAGGUGCUGGAGGCUGAGCCCCCGGAGUGGCUCCCUGAUAGUUCUGCUGCUGUUUGUAUGCAGUGUAGUGCUCCAUUUACUGCACUUACCCGUGGCAGACAUCAUUGCCGGUUUUGUGGAGGGAUUUUCUGUCGGUUGUGUACGAAGGGGAGGUGUUUGUUGCCUGUUAGGUUCAAGGAAAGGAAUCCGCAGAGGGUGUGUGAUGCCUGCUAUGAUAGGCUUGAUCCUUUGCAGGGUGUUUUCAUCAACACCAUAAGCAAUGCUGUGCAGGUAGCAAAGCAUGAUGUGAUGGAUUGGACUUGUGCUAGAGGGUGGCUUAAUCUUCCUAUUGGCUUGUCUAUGGAGCAUGAGAUAUAUAAAUCAUCUAAUACUUUGAGAAGCUACUGCCAGGUGGCGAGAUCCAAUCCUGAGAGGUCCAUCCCUUUAGCCAUUCUUACAGGAGCCAAAGGCCUAGCAAUUUUAACAGUUGCUAAAGCUGGUGCACUGCUCUCUUACAAACUGGGUACUGGUUUGGUUGUUGCUCGAAGAUCAGAUGGAUCGUGGUCUGCGCCAUCAGCCAUAUUCUCCCUGGGUUUAGGAUGGGGUGCUCAGAUUGGUGGUGAACUUAUGGAUUUUAUAGUUGUUCUUCAUGAUAUGAAAGCUUUGAAGACAUUUUGCAGCCGCAUGCAUUUUUCUCUUGGUGCUGGAUGUAGUGCUGCUGCAGGGCCUCUUGGAAGAGUGCUUGAGGCAGAUAUCCGAGCUGGCGACAGGGGUUCUGGCAUGUGUUAUACUUACAGCUGCAGUAAAGGUGCAUUUGUGGGAGUGUCAUUGGAAGGAAAUAUAGUUGGAACCAAGAUGGAUGCCAAUUUGCGCUUUUAUGGUGAUCCUUAUCUCACCACAUCUGACAUUUUAUUAGGGAUGGUGGAAAGACCAAAGGCUGCUGAACCAUUGUACGCUGCUCUUCAAGACUUAUAUUCCAGAUUAAGCUGUUAGUUCUAUUUUCAGUUGCAAUUUGCAACUGUCAUUCUGUCACCUGCAUGUGGAGCGUCCAAUACUGCUUGCAUACAAUUAUGGCACAUACAUGGAGUUUUGAAAUAUGGUUCCCUUCAGAAUUUUGAAGUCCUUGAAUAUAGAGGGAUCACAGACCAAUACUUGAAUAUUAUUUCAUUUUAUAAUGCGCGUGCAAAAUACACCAAUUUAUCAUGUGAAUAUGUUAUUUGACUUAAUUGUACAUA